AUGGGUUUGGAGAGGGCAAGAGGUGAGGACAGGACUAGGCUGGGAGCCAGUGGACAGCUAGCUGGUUCAGGCAAAAAGACUGGAUGUUCUGCUCAGAACCAGGGGCAUCUGCAGUCCUCACUUUCUACUAAUACAUGGGAUGAUGAGUCCACUAAGAACCCAGUUCCACUGCACGAGCAGACAGUCAGAGAUGAGAAGGGGAGAUACAAACGCUUUCAUGGGGCAUUCACUGGGGGAUUCUCUGCUGGGUAUUUCAACUCAGUGGGCUCAAAAGAAGGAUGGACGCCUUCAACGUUUGUAUCCUCACGGCAGCAAAAGGCGGAUAAGCAAGUCUUCAAUCCCGAGCACUUCAUGGAUGAAGAGGAUCUCAAGGAGCAUGGAAUUGCACCAAAAGGAAUAACAACUACAGAUGAGUUUGCCUCAAAGGCUAAAGACAAGAUCUGGGAGAGGUCUCGAGCUUUGGCGAGUCUGGUAGCUCCCAUUCCUGGGGCCAGCAUCUUGGAUGACCUGAUUGCUCCAGCAAAGAUAACAAUUGGUGUGCAAUUACUACGGAAAAUGGGCUGGAAGGAAGGCCAGGGUCUUGGACCACGUGUGAAGAGGAAACUUCGCAGGCAACAGCCUGAGACAGGUGUGAAAGUGUAUGGGUGUUCCUUGCCUGAUGAAGGUUCAGAUGGAUCGCAGGAGGAAGAGGAUGAGUACCAGCCUGAAAAUGUCACCUUUGCACCAAAGGAUGUGGUGGUGGUGGACUUCACAUCAAAGGAUGAUCGCCAUGGGCUUGGUUACAGUGGAAUCGAUCCCCGCAGGGCUUUGUUUGGGGCAUCUAGACAGGACUCCAGUAACAUCUUCAACACCGACUCGGACAGGGCCAGCAGUCUGCUUGCCGAUAUUCAACCCAGCAUGGGCAGAAGGCUGGGCAUCAGCGGGCAGGCAUUCGGUGUGGGGGCCCUGGAGCAGGAGGAUGAUGAUAUCUAUGCCAGGGAUACACUGUCCCAGUAUGACACCGUACUGAGAGAGGAGGAACCGGAGGAUGGCCUCUAUGGGUGGACUGCACCACAGCAAUACAAGAACACAAAAGGUUCGAUUCCUCAGGCCGGAUCUAUCGGGAAAAUGUUGGCGGGCUUCUGCUUGGGUUCCAAGUCAGCCAAACCCAAGAAGGUAUAUGGCCCCCCUGACCUGCCGAGGGACUACAGGCCUGUUCAUUACUUCCGACCAGUCGUGGUGCCUGGUACUGUCAGCACCAUCGUGGCACAGGCACUUGAGGCAUCGACUGGCCAGCAUGGCACUGAGACAGGACCGAGAGGGCGGCACCAGCUGAAUGCAACACAGAGACGGCAACUGCUCGGAGAAACUGCUCUUCAAGGUACUGGAACGCCCAGCAUCUGUACAGAGCACAGCACUGACACGCAGUGUCUGUAUGCAGCGCAGCACAGCACCGACACGCAGCGUCCGCGCACAGCACAGCACCGACACGCAGUGUCUGUAUGCAGCGCAGCACAGCACCGACACGCAGCGUCCGCGCACAGCCCAGCACCGACACGCAGUGUCUGUAUGCAGCGCAGCACAGCACCGACACGCAGCGUCCGCGCAGAGCACAGCACCGACACGCAGCGUCUGUACAAAGUGCUUGUAUUACUUCAGCUUGCUCCCAGCAGCGAUGACACAGGUGUAAGCAGCAUCACCAUUUCUGAGGUGUCUUUCCCCUUUGAAACAGGAAAGUGUGGUUUCAUUGGCCACCUCGAUCCUGAGCUCAUCACCUUGGUACCCAAAGAUGACAUGAAGGUUUUGUCGACCUGCUGUGAAUCACUUACUCCAGCGACCUUGGAAACCCAACGUGAAGAGAGGCCACGUCAUCAAAGGGACUGUUGA